AUGCAGCUGACCAAGACCCUCAUCUUCACCCUCAUCGGCACGGCCUUUGCCCUCCCGACCACGAACGAGAAGCGCCAACUCGCGACGAUUCAGGGCGCUGUCACAUCUGUUCAACAAUCUCUCCAGAAGCUUGAUACCGCUGUGAAGGCUGCCAACGACGCCAGCACCGUCGCUGCCGUCCAGACCGCCGCCACAGAUGUCCAGUCUGCUCUGACGAAGGCUCAGACCGACAUCCAGGGCGCCCAGGCCCUGCAGCUGCAGGAGGCCCUCGGACUCCAGCAGCUCGCUACCGACCUCACCAGCACCGCCACGACGACCGUUGAUGACUUGAUCGCGAAGAAGGCCACCUUCGACCAACUCGGUAUCUCCCAGGUUGUCGCUCAGCAACUCACCGCUCAGAAGCAGGCCUCCGCUGGUCUCGGCCAGGCUAUCGUCUCCAAGGUUCCCGCCAUCGGCCAGGGCAUCGCUCAACAGUCUAUCGACCAGAUCACCGCCGCUAUCGACAAGGGCAUCCAGGCCUACGGCGGUGCAACUCCCGCAACUCCUAGCAAGCCUGGUGCUGCCCCCCCUGCUUCUGCUCCCGCUGCCUCUAAGGCGCCUGCUGCUGCCCCAGCUACUCCCAAGACACCCGCCGCUGCCCCUGCCGCUCCCAAGGCCCCAGCUGCCGCCCCCGCUGCUCCCGCCGGGGGCCUCGAGGGUCUGCUCGGAGGUCUCCUCGGCGGUGGUGGUGCUAACGGUGCUGCUGGUGCUGGCGGUAUUGGUGCUCUCCUUGGAGGACUUACUGGUGGAGCUGGAGCUGGAGGAGCGGCCGGUGCAGGUGGUGCUGGUGGACUUGGUGGACUCGGUGCUCUUCUCGGUGGACUCGGAGGUGGUGCGACGGGAACCGGCGCGACUAAGGCGAACGUGGUGGAUUUCUCAGAAGACGCGGCAUUGGAGGAUGAAGAAUAA